UUUCCAUGACACGGCAUCUUCCACUUUCAGAAGAAGAAGAAGAAGAAGAAGAAGAACUACUUUACUUAGAAGUUAGAAAUUUCAGUUGCGAACUGGAAAGUGAACUUGAAAACAUGGAAACUCCCAAAGCGAGUUUAAUCCAUAUGAGCCCCUCAGAGAAGAGACAGUACCGGCUUCAGCGGGAAACUCACCUUCUGGAGGACGUGGUCAAAUACAAGACAGAGAGACUACUAAUUCUCAAGGCUGAGAACGACCGUUUGAAGCUCCGGCUACGAGGAAAGAUAGAGCGUGCUUACAACGCCCUGGAAACUGCAAGCAAGACGACAGACCAAGGUGCGGCGACUGCCGAAAACGGCAGCGAGACAGCCGAACAAGGGCCCGUGUCUGCCGAAAACGGCAGUGAGGCGACGACCUCAAACCAAGAGGCAAGUCGCGGGAGAGCUGCCCCUUCGGCAAGGAGGGACUUGCUGGGUCACACUGGUGUUCGGCCCUCCCGCUCCUGACGUAGGACGCCCGAAGAUAACGGUGGAGGUGGUUUUAUUCUGAGAUAUCUCAAGGAUUUUUUUAUACCAAAGUUCCCAACGAUGGAGCCAGUCAUUUUUACAUAGAGUAGAUUGUUUAUGUUUUUAGGUCCCUGUUAGAG